AUGAUCUUAAAAGAAUAAUUCCAUAGAUGGAUAUUUGCUAUUUAAGAGGCUGAGAACCAUUCCUCAGAGCACAAAGAUGGAUAUUUGCUUACAAAUGAUAAUCCCAUACUUGUUCUUGUUUGUGGCUUUCGUCGUAGACCUUGGAGAAGGCCAAAAUGGGUGUGCUGAUGAAUCCCAGUGUGGACACCAUGGCCCCGCCAUCCGAUUUCCCUUCCGACUUAACAGCCAGCCAGACCACUGUGGGUAUCCUGGGUUUAAUCUCUCCUGCACUGAAAAAAAUCAAACCGUGCUCGAACUGCCGAUUUCAGUAAAGCUCUUUGUCAAAAAGAUUGACUACAAAUCUCAGGCAAUUCAAUUAUAUGAUCCCCAGCAUUGCUUUCCAAGGCAGCUGCGGGGGCUCGAUUUGUCUUCCUCGCCUUUCAAAUUCACACUUUUCCAGUAUCAAAGUACUCCUUACAAUUUUUCCCUUAUCAAUUGUUCCCGAAGAGAAAUAAAGUUUCCUGAUGAUCAAAGCUACCAAUAUUAUUAUAAAUAUAUCUCUUGUCUUAGUGGCCCUACCAAUCAAGUCUAUGCCGUCAGUAAUUCUGAUGAUAUCACGGUGCCCUUCGUAUCUUGUACAAAGAUAUAUACUCUCCAAUCGAUUCCAUAUGGUAUAAUAUUCGAUAAUGAUAAAAUUGUUGAAUUGGAGUGGUCCAGUCCAAAUUGUAGUCACUGUGAAGUAAUAUUGAAAGGCAUGAGAUGCAGUAUGAAGAACAAAAGCAGUGGAUCAGGAACGACGGAGUGCAUUUCUAUUUCUAAACAUUCUAAAGGUGCAUUAUCAAAAUUAACGAUAGCCGGUGUCAUCUUAGGUUCAUUUUUGAUACUGCUAUCUAUCUUUGCUCUCUAUCGUUUCUAUGCUUAUGAUAAAGUAGAAAAAGAACAUCAAGCAAAGAUUGAAAAGUUUUUGGAAGAUUACAAAAAAUUCAAACCCACGAGAUACUCGUAUGCCGAUCUUAAAAGGAUUACAAAUCAAUUUACUGAGAAGUUAGGUGAAGGUGCAUAUGGAGCAGUAUUCAAAGGAAAGAUUUCCAAUGAAAUUCAUGUUGCAGUGAAGAUCCUCAACAAUACUUUCAAGGAUAAUGGGGAAGAAUUCAUAAAUGAAGUAGGAGCGAUGGGUAUGAUCCAUCAUGUCAAUGUAGUUCGUUUGGUUGGCUUUUGCGCUGAUGGAUUUAGACGAGCUCUAGUUUGUGAUUUCUUACCAAAUGAUUCAUUAGAGAAGCUCAUAUCUUCAACUGCCGGCAAGAACUGUUUCCUUAAUUGGGAUAAGCUGCAAGAUAUUGCUCUUGGUGUAGCAAAAGGAAUUGAAUAUCUUCACCAAGGAUGCGACCAAAAAAUCCUUCAUUUCGAUAUCAAACCCCACAAUGUUUUGCUAGACCAAAAUUUCAAUCCAAAAAUUUCUGAUUUUGGUCUUGCCAAGUUGUGUUCUAAGAAUCAAAGUGCAGUGUCUAUGACAACAGCUAGGGGGACUAUGGGUUACAUUGCACCCGAAGUGUUCUCUAGAAAUUUUGGGAAUGUAUCUUCUAAAGUAGAUGUUUAUAGCUUUGGAAUUUUGUUACUUGAAAUAGUUGGAGGGAGGAAAAAUGUUGACGUAACAGUUGAUAACACUAGCGAAGUCUAUUUUCCUGAAUGGAUCUACAAUCUCUUAGAACAAAAAGAAGACAUACGGAUCUUUGUUGAUGAUGAUGGAGAUGCUAAAAUUGCAAAGAAACUUGCAAUUGCUGGACUAUGGUGCAUCCAAUGGCACCCAGCGGAUCGUCCUUCUAUGAAAGAUGUGGUUCAAAUGUUGGAAGGAGAAGGAGAUAAAUUAACUAUGCCUCCAAAUCCCUUUGCUUCUGCAGGCUCCAUUAAUGCAAAUAUACCUAAAAGAUGUCUAAAUCAUGAGUUGGAGAUCAUUCCAGAAUCAUAAUGUAAACUUGGCGUUUGUAAUAAUUAUCUAGGUUGCAGUAUUCUUGUACUCUUAGUGUAAUGUCCUAGCAAUGUCCAAGCAACCUGAGGAUCAUAAAAAGUA